AUGUCUAUUCCCAAUUCGUGGCCGCUGUUUGUAAACAUCCGGGUCCAUUCAAGUAAACACUUCUCACAUGGGUAUGAACUCGCAGAAAGUGUUCGCCAAAAGUGCAUCGCAAAAGGAUUUUUGUACAAGUCAAAUUCGGCCUUUCUUCCGCGAAGGAUAGAGACAACUGCAGGAAUAAUUCAAUUAUGUCCAGUGUGGAAAGCAGGGACAACCUUCUUGAAAAGACUUUUCAUGAUAAAAAACAUUAAAAAGUAUAAUAAUCUAACCAAUCCCUACCAUAUCAGCUUUUUGGAAGAAUAUGACGGAGAAAGAGCGUUAGUAAACAACUCAAACGGUGUGAAACGAAUCAUGUUUGUGAGAAAUCCUUGGCAACGACUCUACUCGUGCUAUGUAGACAAGUUGUUAGCACCAAACCCUAUUUACUGGAAGAACACAGGCAUUACUGCCAUCAAAACUUCACGAAGCAAUGCUUCGAUGCUUAGUUUAAGGUGUGGCCAUGAUCUGUCAUUUAGUGAGUUUAUAAAGCACGUAAUACUCGUUGAGAAACUGGGAGUACGAUCGUUCAUAGAGAGGAACCAUGAAGAAAUUGAAAUAUUCCCUGAUCUUCAUUUUGAAAAAUCUAGUAUGCUGUGCAAACCAUGUGAACUUAAGUACAAUUUCAUCGGGAAAAUGGAAAAUUUCAAAGUUGAUUCGAACGAAUUAAUGAAACAAAUGGAUUUGACACGGGUGGCAGAGUUUAUAGAAUCAGAAGGUGAAAGGUUUUCCGUUGUUGAUGCAAUUAAAGACACACUGUAUCAAGUAUUUAAUGAGAAUGAAAGAACACAAUUUCUGAAGUGUAUCACCAUGAACGAAACUUUGGAAAGGGUGUGGCAAAAGCUUCAGAUGAGAGGACUAAUAGGUAAACUUGAGUUAGAUUUAACAGACAAUGAUGCUGAUCUAAUGACUAAAGAUCGUUUCUAUAAUAUGGUCCUUAGAGCAAGAGACUUAUCGACACAGAGCGAGAGGCGAAGUCUUAAGGAGCAUUUAUAUCGCGAAAUCUACGCAACUGUGAAUGGAGAAGAUUUAAAAAGCAUAACCGAAGUUUACGCAGAUGAUUUUGAUCUUUACGAUUAUGAAAAAAUGCCCAAAAAUAUAUUUUGA